AUGAAUCCUGAACAAAAUAUCAAUAUUUUUGAAGGUUCCAACAAUCCCAGCAAUGGAUAUUAUAUUGCUAGCAUUACAAGAAGGCUGGGUGGUUUUUACAAUAAUGAAUUAUCUGAAAAUUUUAAUGAUCCAGAAACAAUCAAUGAGGAUAAUGAAGAUGGUGAGGAUGAUGAAGGUGAAACUUCAAGUUUUAGUAAAAUUAGGAGCAGUAGAGAAAUCAGAAGCAACCGUGGAAGAAGAGAAGGAACUAGAGGUG